AUGUCGCUCCUGGACGGUCCCUUAAACGUGCUCGGACAGAGGACCACGGGGGAGUCUGUCCGCACCCAGAACGUCAUGGCUGCGUCCUCCAUCGCGAACAUUGUCAAAAGUUCUCUGGGACCAGUCGGCCUGGACAAGAUGCUGGUGGACGACAUUGGGGACGUGACCAUCACUAACGAUGGAGCUACCAUCUUGAAGCUGCUGGAAGUGGAACAUCCCGCAGCCAAGGUCCUGUGUGAGCUGGCAGAACUGCAGGACAAGGAGGUCGGGGACGGGACCACGUCUGUGGUGAUCCUUGCUGCAGAGCUCCUGAAGAGUGCAGAUGAGCUGGUGAAGCAGAAGAUCCACCCAACGUCUGUCAUCAGCGGAUAUCGUCUGGCCUGCAAGGAGGCAGUGCGCUACAUCAACGAGAACCUGACCAUCAGUGCAGACGAGCUGGGCAGAGAGUGUUUGGUCAACGCCGCCAAGACCUCCAUGUCCUCCAAGAUCAUCGGGGUGGACUCUGACUUCUUCUCGGAGAUGGUGGUGGAUGCAGCUCUCGCAGUGAAGUUCACAGAUUCUAAAGGUUUGGCCAAAUAUCCAAUAAACGCCGUGAACGUCCUCAAAGCUCACGGCCGCAGCCAAAAGGAGAGCUUCCUGGUUAACGGCUACGCCCUGAACUGCACCGUGGGCUCCCAGGACAGCGAUACGCGUGGGACACAAUACACUGGCUCUGAGGAGGAGCAAGUCCCUGUGACCUGUGCACCUCCUCUCUGGAAACACACCUGUGCACCUCUUCCUCUGGACACACUCCUGUGCACCUCUUCCUCUGGACACACACCUGUGCACCUCCUCUCUGGACACACACCUGUGCACCUCUUCCUCUGGACACACACCUGUGCACCUCUUCCUCUGGACACACACCUGUGCACCUCUUCCUCUGGACACACACCUGUGCACCUCCUCUCUGGACACACACCUGUGCACCUCUUCCUCUGGACACACACCUGUGCACCUCUUCCUCUGGACACACACCUGUGCACCUCCCCUCUGGACACACACCUGUGCACCUCCUCUCUGGACACACACCUGUGCACCUCCUCUCUGGACACACACCUGUGCACCUCUUCCUCUGGACACACACCUGUGCACCUCUUCCUCUGGACACACACCUGUGCACCUCUUCCUCUGGACACACACCUGUGCACCUCUUCCUCUGGACACACACCUGUGCACCUCUUCCUCUGGACACACACCUGUGCACCUCUUCCUCUGGACACACACCUGUGCACCUCUUCCUCUGGACACACACCUGUGCACCUCUUCCUCUGGACACACACCUGUGCACCUCUUCCUCUGGACACACACCUGUGCACCUCUUCCUCUGGACACACACCUGUGCACCUCUUCCUCUGGACACACACCUGUGCACCUCUUCCUCUGGACACACACCUGUGCACCUCUUCCUCUGGACACACACCUGUGCACCUCUUCCUCUGGACACACACCUGUGCACCUCUUCCUCUGGACACACACCUGUGCACCGCUUCCUCUGGACACACACCUGUGCACCUCUUCCUCUGGACACACACCUGUGCACCUCUUCCUCUGGACACACACCUGUGCACCUCUUCCUCUGGACACACACCUGUGCCACCUCUUCCUCUGGACACACUCCUGUGCACCUCUUCCUCUGGACACACUCCUGUGCACCUCUUCCUCUGGACACACACCUGUGCACCUCUUCCUCUGGACACACACCUGUGCACCUCUUCCUCUGGACACACACCUGUGCACCUCUUCCUCUGGACACACACCUGUGCACCUCUUCCUCUGGACACACACCUGUGCACCUCUUCCUCUGGACACACUCCUGUGCACCUCUUCCUCUGGACACACUCCUGUGCACCUCUUCCUCUGGACACACACCUGUGCACCUCUUCCUCUGGACACACACCUGUGCACCUCUUCCUCUGGACACACUCCUGUGCACCUCUUCCUCUGGACACACACCUGUGCACCUCUUCCUCUGGACACACACCUGUGCACCUCUUCCUCUGGACACACACCUGUGCACCUCUUCCUCUGGACACACACCUGUGCACCUCUUCCUCUGGACACACACCUGUGCACCUCUUCCUCUGGACACACUCCUGUGCACCUCUUCCUCUGGACACACACCUGUGCACCUCUUCCUCUGGACACACUCCUGUGCACCUCUUCCUCUGGACACACUCCUGUGCACCUCUUCCUCUGGACACACACCUGUGCACCUCUUCCUCUGGACACACACCUGUGCACCUCUUCCUCUGGACACACACCUGUGCACCGCUUCCUCUGGACACACACCUGUGCACCUCUUCCUCUGGACACACACCUGUGCACCUCUUCCUCUGGACACACACCUGUGCACCUCUUCCUCUGGACACACACCUGUGCACCUCUUCCUCUGGACACACUCCUGUGCACCUCUUCCUCUGGACACACUCCUGUGCACCUCUUCCUCUGGACACACUCCUGUGCACCUCUUCCUCUGGACACACACCUGUGCACCUCUUCCUCUGGACACACACCUGUGCACCUCUUCCUCUGGACACACACCUGUGCACCUCUUCCUCUGGACACACACCUGUGCACCUCUUCCUCUGGACACACUCCUGUGCACCUCUUCCUCUGGACACACUCCUGUGCACCUCUUCCUCUGGACACACACCUGUGCACCUCCUUCUCUGGACACACACCUGUGCACCUCUUCCUCUGGACACACUCCUGUGCACCUCUUCCUCUGGACACACUCCUGUGCACCUCUUCCUCUGGACACACACCUGUGCACCUCUUCCUCUGGACACACUCCUGUGCACCUCUUCCUCUGGACACACUCCUGUGCACCUCUUCCUCUGGACACACUCCUGUGCACCUCUUCCUCUGGACACACUCCUGUGCACCUCUUCCUCUGGACACACUCCUGUGCACCUCUUCCUCUGGACACACACCUGCAUGGUGAAGCGUGUGGUGAACGCUAAGAUUGCCUGUCUGGACUUCAGUCUGCAGAAGACCAAGAUGAAGAUGGGCGUCCAAGUCAUCAUCAACGACCCAGAGAAGCUGGACCUGAUCAGGCAGAGAGAGUCUGACAUCACUAAAGAGAGGAUCCAGAAGAUCUUGGCGUCUGGAGCCAACGUGAUCCUGACCACGGGAGGCAUCGACGACAUGUGCCUCAAGUACUUUGUGGACGUGGGCGCCAUGGCGAUCAGACGGGUCCUGAAGAGAGACCUGAAGAGGAUUGCCAAGGCAACAGGAGCCACCAUGUGUCCGUCGCUCAGUAACCUGGAGGGAGAGGAGACCUUUGAGGUCACGAUGUUGGGACAGGCUGAGGAAGUCGUACAGGAACGAGUGUGUGACGAUGAACUCAUCCUCAUCAAGAAUACCAAGGCGCGCUCCUCCGCCUCCAUCGUCCUGAGAGGAGCGAAUGACUUCAUGUGUGACGAGAUGGAGCGCUCUGUGCACGACGCCCUCUGUGUCGUUAAGAGGGUCCUGGAGUCAAAGUCUGUGGUUCCAGGAGGGGGCGCUGUGGAGGCCGCGCUGUCAAUCUACCUGGAGAACUACGCCACCAGCAUGGGCUCCAGGGAGCAGCUGGCCAUCGCAGAGUUUGCUCGCUCGCUCCUCGUGAUCCCGAAGACUCUCGCGGUGAACGCGGCACAAGAUUCUACGGAUCUCGUGGCCAAACUCAGGGCCUUCCACAACGAGGCCCAGGUCAAUCCUGAACGCAAGAACCUCAAGUGGAUUGGCCUGGACCUGAUCAACGGUAAACCGCGGGACAAUAAACAGGCCGGCGUCUACGAGCCCACGAUGGUGAAGACCAAGAGCCUGAAGUUCGCCACAGAAGCCGCCAUCACCAUCCUCCGCAUCGAUGACCUCAUCAAGCUGUUCCCUGAGCCUAAAGAGGGCGGCAGCUCCUACCAGGACGCCGUACGCUCCGGCUCGUUAGAGGGAUGA